AUGCGACAUAGUAAUUGGUCUAGUUCAGUAGCAUCUGUACAGGCAGGAGUUGUUAAUAAUGGACAUUAUUCAGCACCUUAUCCAACAACCACAAAUGAAGGGCUUCCUUAUUAUAAUAACCAACAAGGAAGGAAUUAUGGUGGAUUAAAGGGUAGUAGUAAUAAGGGUAAUGGGAAUAACCAAUAUAACAUAAAUAAUAGAGAGUUACCUAGUAGAUUUAGUAAUGGGAACACUGGGAAUAAUUCAAUAUACCGACAUCAUGAAUUGGAUGACAGAUUGGCACGAAUUGACUGGAAGUCACAGUACUUGAUACCUUUUGAGAAGAAUUUUUAUUUUGAGCAUCAGAAUAUCACAAAGUUGAGUGAAGAUGAAGCAAAUGAAAUACGCAAAAGUAAAAGAAUUACUCUAAUAGCAGGUAGUAAUGUACCGAAACCAAUAACUAGUUUUGAUGAGUCAUCGUUUCCAGAUUUUCUUAUUGAUGCAUUAUAUAGAGCUGGAUUUACAGAACCAACUGCUAUCCAAGUACAAGGUUGGCCAGUUGCACUAUCUGGACGAGAUAUGAUUGGUAUUGCUGAGACAGGUUCAGGUAAGACAUUGGGAUUUUUAUUACCAUCAAUGGUACAUAUUAGUGCUCAACCAAGAUUAAGAUAUGGGGAUGGUCCCAUUUGUUUGAUAUUAGCUCCUACACGUGAACUUGUUGAGCAAAUUCGUGAACAAGCAAACAGGUUUGGGAAUAUAUUGAGAAUAAGAAAUACUGCAGUAUAUGGUGGUGUACCUAAAAGAUCACAACAAAUUUCCUUGCGAAAUGGCGUUGAAAUAUGUAUUGCUUGCCCAGGGAGACUAAUUGACUUUCUGGAAGAAGGUUGUACAAAUUUAUCAAGGGUAACUUAUCUAGUACUAGAUGAGGCUGAUAGAAUGCUUGACAUGGGAUUUGAACCACAAAUACGUAAACUGGUAUCUCAAAUUAGACCAGAUAGACAGACAUUAUUAUGGAGUGCAACAUGGCCAAAAGAGGUUCAGAAACUAGCUCGUGACUUAUGUCGUGAGGAACCUGUUCAUAUUAAUGUUGGUUCCAUUGAUACACUUAAAGCUUCUCAUAAUAUUAAGCAAUAUAUCGAUGUAGUUGAUGAAUACCAAAAGAAGGGUAGAUUAAGAAUGUUUUUGAAUCAAGUUAUGAAUAGUCCUACUUCUAAAGUUCUAAUAUUUUGUGAGACUAAGAAAGGAGCAGAUAUACUCACUAGAGAACUACGCUUGGAAGGCUGGCCAGCAUUGUGUAUACAUGGUGAUAAGAAGCAAGAAGAGAGGACUUGGGUAUUAAAUGAAUUUAGGAAUGGUACUUCCCCAAUAAUGAUUGCUACUGACGUGGCAGCACGGGGUCUUGAUGUGAAAGAUAUUACAUUUGUUGUUAACUACGACUUUCCUAAUCAGAUGGAAGAUUAUAUUCAUCGUAUUGGGCGUACGGGUCGUGCAGGAGCAAGUGGCGUCUCCUUGUCAUUUUUCACUGCAGAUAAAUGUCGACUUGCUAAUGAUCUCGUACGUGUGUUAAGAGAAGCUAAGCAAGAUAUUCCACCUGAGCUGACGAAGUUGGGUACCAGUCACUACAAAGUUAAUCAAAGAGGUGGUCCUAAUAGACGUGGAAAUGCCAAUAAUAAUAUACCUUUGGGACAAAGCAGAUUCUAUAAUAAUUAG